CAAUCGAAUAUAAUCAACUCAUGAAAUCUGUACUUGGGUUCAUACAAUCAGACCUAACAUACAAAUCUAGGGUUCUCCAUACCCAGAUGAAUGGGAGAACUACUCCAUGGAGAAAGAAGCAAAAACAGAUUCAGACGCGGAAAUCAUACUGUGAAGGAUGAGUUUCAGCUCCUGGUUGUCAAUCGGCACUUCUCCAAGCUCAAGCAGGGCUCCAAUGGUGAUGAAGAUCAAGCUAUGGCACUUGGGAACUUUUGUUCGUCGCUUUCUCUCUCUAGGAAUCGCUCUAUCUCUCUAAAACUCGAAUCCCCUUGAUCUUUGGCCUUCUUUUCCUUUAAAACCGCUGCCUGUCGCGAUACCCGGUGGAAAUACCCGGUCGGGUAUUUUCGGUCUCGACCGGGUAUAGUUGAAACGUGCGUUUUGAUGCAGGGAAAAAUACCCGGUCUCGGCCAAUAAUCCCCGGUCGGGGAUUUUUGCCUCCAGCCCGGGACCCCUUCUGUUUCUCACGACGCCCAAGCCGAAAAUCCCCGGUCAUGGCCAGAUAAUACCCGGUCGGGUAUUUCUGCUCAUGGCCGGGUAUUUUUGCUCUCCAGCACACUUCAACCCAACUUCGCUCCUUUUCGACCCAAAACUCGUUUCCUCGCCUCGAUUCCAACGCCGAGUCCUGAAAUACGACAUAAACACACAACCUCACGUGAAAUCGGCUUAAAACACGAGAGUCAACCUCUCAAACGGCUCAAGAAUAGGGGUAAAAACAUGUGUAAAUAUUGGUCUAUCAACAAGCCACCGAGUCGAGCUAGCUCGCGAGCUUCACGAGCUGAACAAAGCUUAGCUCAUGUUCGCCUCGUUUAUUAACGAGCCGAGUUUCAAACGAGUUUUUCUCGAAUCGAACGCCGAGCCGCUCGUGAGCAGCUCGGCUCAUUUGCAGCCCUAAGUAGACCUAGAGGCGCUCCUUGGAAUACGAGCGACUUCGCAAAUUCGUUUUAUACAUGGCUCGAGUCUGGAGUUGUUAGUGUUGUAGACGAACCGAGCUAUAAGUAGUACAAAGCUCGCCCCGAGGCAUCAGUGGUACGAAAAAUUUAUAUCUCAAAAUUUAUUGAAAUUUGAUAUAGUUUUAUAGAUCACUACAAAUUUGUUCCAUUUAUGAAAAAAAAAGUUAAAAAAUAGAAAAAAAUAUAAAUCUGUUAAGAAAAAAAGAGGAAAUUCUUUUAAUCUCAUCUCCUAGAUCAAACUUCAACCGAAAUUUUAAAAAACAAAUCUAAUUAUACGUAAACCAAAGUUAUGCGCCCUACCUAUAACCCGGGAGCAUUUCACUUCCAACAGACACUGUCUCUUGAUAAUCUUGUCAUCUCAGUUGCCCACCGAAUUAAACCACCUACAGCACAGUUUGUUCUUCAAUGCCGAAUCAAACCUCGUCACCUUCUGAAUCCCCGCUUCCACAAUUGCCGGCCAACAAGUACACUCUGACGAGACGACAUGCGAUCGACCGCCCACCGAAAUCUUCUCAACUCCACCUCCCACAAUUACCGGCCAGCAGCACCCACUGAUAUAUUCUAUCGGCCGACCAUGUCGAUCCAAUUUCACGUCUCCCUGAGAACUCGAUCACAAAGCCGGCCACUAUAUAUAAAAGGAAGCCCAUGCAUUGCAACACCUAAAAAACACCGGCCCAAACAGAGCAACAACGAUCACUAAUUACAUUUCAACGGCCUACACUACAGAGAGAUAUGGGUUGCUCUCAUCUCAGACAGUUAUUUCUUGCAUCAACAAUGGCCGCAGUGAUGAUGAUCUUCGUUGGAACGGCGGCCGCGGCUGUGGGCUACACGAUCUGCGGCGGCGUGGACCCGAGAUCCGACAAGUACACGUACAAUGUGGAGAUGUUACUGUCGAGGUUGUCGGCCGCCACGCCGACCAGCCAGGGGAUGCUUUACAGGGCGUGGUAUCCACAAUACAAGCAUGGUUAUCCCACCGGCACGGCGUCGUGUUACAAGUACAACGCGGAAGCCUGCGCCACGUGUCUCGAGGAUGCUCAGUCGAAGCUGGAACAAUAUUGCACGUCGACGAAUACGACUGGUGCAUACUACGGAACCAAUUGUAACAUGGAGUACUGGCCAAUUCACGAUAGUAUAUAAUUGAUUUGUUUUCAAUAUGUCCCCACCUUCCUUCAUGUUCGCUUUUGUAGUGUAUUAAGUGGUUCCGCGCUUCUGGGUUCUUUUAAUAAAACUUCUGGUCGGAGACGAGAUAAUUGUUUGUGCCUUAACUUGUGAUUGUCUCCUCUCGUCUCUGACUGACUUUGUGCUAUUUUGGGGAAGCCGUAAAUGUUCUUCAGAUGAUUUGGAAAAAUAUCCGUGUCUUUUUUUUUUUCAUAAUAUCUAAUAUAGAAAUAAAUAUAGUUAAAAUCAAUUAUAUCUGAAUAAUUAAUUCAUAAAAGAAAUAUCCGGCCAAUAUAAUCAUCAUUUUCACAAAUAACCACGACGUGUUUUUCCUAUUAUGAAGGAAACGCACAAUAUAUACUUUCGUUCUCUACAAUACUUUUGUUGUCUACAAUCUCAUAUAAGUCUUUUUCAAUGUAUCCAACUAUAUAAGCAAUCAUUAGCAAAAACGGUAGCAAUUUGAUUUUGAAACUUAUUCUUAAUGUAGCUCAAAACUAACUUUAGAAGACAGAGAGAUCAAUUUUUUUUGUUGUAUAUUUCAAUUGAGAAUUUUGUUUAGUGUGAUAAAUCUAUUCAUGUUAGCUUUUUAACUUGAAAUAACUUGUAGUGUAUUUGUAAAACACUCUUAUUUCACCUACAUGUAAGAGUUGGAUCCUUGGUUGAUAUAUAUAUAUAUAUGGUAAUGACUGGUGUACGUCAAACGUAUAGUAUACAAUAGGUGAUCUAAUCGUUAGAUGUACUUAGAUGAGCUCCGACCAAUCUCAACGGUCAAUUUUUGUUUUUCAUUAAAUCAAACUUCGGCUUGGGAUUUAGAAAACCGGUGCCUGAAUAUAUAUAUAUGGUGCCGUAUUCGGUGCACCCACUUUUUCGGGUGCACUCAGUGCACCCGCCUCAUAAUUGUCAUUCUGACCAUGCGAUUCAUGUCAAAACGGUAUCAAUUGUUGCUUAUGAUAUUAUGAACAAGCAACACAUGAAUUUGAAAAAAAUUCAUUCAAAGUUUACUUUAAUUCGAAGGAUUUAGGAUUUAGGGUUAGGGUUUAGGUUUACAAUUUGGGAUUUUGGGUUGGGAUUGAAAAUUGAAUGUUAAGGUGUUAGGGUAAUGAAUUUAUUUGUUAUGAUUCUAUGUCAUAUCAUCAUAUUAUAUUGAGAGUACUAAUUAAAGUUCAAAAUUUGAUGUAUUAUGGACGCUUUUAGAGUUGGGUGCACUGAGUGCACCCAAAAAAGUGAGUGCACCGAAGUAGCCACCAUAUAUAUAUAUAUGGGGAGUUCUACGGUACCCAGGGUGAAAUCCGGGGUACCGCAUACCUUGAGUACGAAACGUUAUCAAGAACUUGAAUUGACUGAUCUUUCGGACAUGAUACUAUACUUUAACCCUUAAAGAUCAAAAUCUAGGUCUUAAUUUUUUAAAUCUUAUACCCCAAGAUCAAUUUAAUUAGAAACAAUAAUCGACGGUUAUGAUUCGUCCAAAUAUAGGCAAAAAAAUCAAUACACCAUCUUAGAGUUUAUAGUUUAUGACUUAGAUAAUUAGGACGUAGGGUUCACUCAUUAAGGGUUAGGGUAUAGUAUCAUGCCCAAAAAAUCCUGCUAAUUCGAGGUCUAGAUGGCGUUUUAUUACUCAAGGUAUGUGAUACCUCAGAUUUCACCUGGGGUAUCGUAGAAAGCACCAUAUAUAUAUAUAUAUCCCAAAAAAUACCGGUGUCACAGGACACUCCUGAACUCCUUGGCUUUGCCUAUGGGCCCGUAUGGUACAAAACCCACGACUACAAUCAAUACAAAACCGUCCACCCUUCAUGGCUUCCCACAUCGAAUGGCUUAGAUUAUUACGAGAGAGAGAGAGAGAGGAGAAGACUAGUAAUUCAGUCACCCCCGAUCACAUUAAUUUGUAUGUCUUCUGCCGGUGAUGAGCUUCCUUCCUCACUAAUGGCGUUUUCAAUCUGGUCUAGUUUUCCUAAUCCCAUAUUUCUCUGAAUAGGAUCCUACAAUAUUCUUUUUAAAUCGAAUAUCUAUAAUUUUUGCAUACAAAGAACGCAUUAAUUGUAACCCUACAUGCACAAUGAUAUUAAUUUUGUUAUAUUUUGAGCAAAGAAAAAUUCCAAAACAUGUGUUGUUUGUAGUAUUAUCAUUGUCAUAUUUAUUAUAUUAUCAUGAUAUCGCAGUGACAUGAUGACCCAUUUCCGGAAUUUAAACUCAAUUUAAAAAAUUGUAAGAAAUAACUCAUUAAUUAAUAUCCCGACAGUGAUAUCCAUUUUGUUAUGAUUUGUCAAGCAUAUGACCUCAUACCAACAUCAUAUAAGUGUCAUAACAAUAUCAUAUAUAUGUCAUAACAUGUUACCAUAGUAUGACAAUGAUAUGAUAUCAUCAAAUUAUUUUGUCGAACAUAAGACCUCAUGCCAACACCAUAUCACUAUUAUACUACCAUUAUUAAUUAAGAUCUACACAAUGAAAUUUAUUUUGUUAUGUUUUAGCAAAUAGAAGACCUCAUGCCAACAUCAUAUCAGUCUCAUGACUCAUAUCAUGAUAUUACCACAAUGAUAUACAUAUAUAGUGAAAAUAUCAUAUGACACUAAUAUGAUGUCAUCAAAUUUUUUAUUAAAUAUAAGAACUCAUAUACCAAUAUCAUAUCACUAUCAUCUAAUGACACACAUCUAUUCCCUUAUUUCUAGAGCGUUUAGGAUAAUUUUCUUGCGUAUUAAGCCAACGUUAUUCAUGGUUGUGCCUAUAUGUGAUGUUUCAGAUCCUAGAAAGUAAAUGAGAGCCUAGGAGUGGGUUUUGUGAUGAUUGGAUGAAGUUCAGGACUUAUGACCAAGGCAGGAUAAUUUUACGUGUGAAUAACAUCAGGUGACUGUGCAAACUCUCUCGACGAACCAAUUCUUUUGACCUAAAAUCAAACUGAAAGCUUUGUGGAGAGAAAACGUGACAAAAGACCGUCCCUGGAGUGAUUUGGAGCAUCUCUAGUGACAUUGGAGCUCGAUUUCAUCUCUUAGGAGUGGCGGAUUACUACCUGGAGCAUAUUUUCAUCGGAGCACGAUGAUUUCUACUUCAUCCAUCAUGUCUUCUUCUUUCUCCAUAAAGUAAACCUCCUCUCCACUUUAGUAUGAAGAACCCUACCUUUGUAUGUUAGGAUAAUUGUUGUAUGAACCCUUGAUUGAGUAGUCAUUUCCAGAAUUGAUUGAGUCCUUAUCACAUUCCUUCUAUAUCUGCUUAAACCUAAGAGAGAUAAAAUCUUAUUAGGUUGAUUGAGCACCCUAAAUUGCAAGUAUUGAAUUGAUUGCACGAAGGUGAAUCAAUUCAUUUCUCUGUAAUGGGUUGAAAAUCUAUUAGUGGAAGUUAAUUAAUUGAAUUGCCUUGGUAGACUGCUUUGCCCUAUGCACAAAAUGCUACCAAAAGUGUAUCAAUCGUAUAAAAUCAAUCCUAGUGCGGCUAGAACACACUUCAAGCAAUUAAAAUAAUAUGACACUAUAAAU